CUCCACCGCUUGUCUCCUGGUGGUCCGUAUGAAAAUAAAGACCCCGUCCUCGCGGGCAGUCAACGACUGACAUUUCGUGUCAUCGUCGUUAAACUGAGGGGACCUUAAGUACGUUCUUCCCGUGUGAAGUAAACAUUUCAGAAUGUAAACUGUUGUAGAGGGAGGUGUAUGAAAAACACCACCCCAUAUUGAGAAGUUUAUUAAGCAGACCUUGACUCUUACAACUACCACAACCAGUUUAGUGUGGAGCGGCAGCGGAGGUUGUUGCUGUUGACAACUGUGUAUCGAAGACACCAAGUGGUCACGUGAUAAGGAAAAACAAACGCGCGGCACUUUGUAAAGAGUUUUAACGUGAGGAUAAAUGAAGGUAAUUUUGUCAUGUAAGCUACAACAGCCUUCAAAGUGUAAAAUGAGGAUGAUUGUAUAUGAGAAGUGAUACGAUUCGGUGCUCUGUAUAAUAGCCGCUUGAAAAAUGCAAAGUAGCGGCGGAAACUCAGAUCCAGUAAGACCCCGUUUAAACUAUGUCAGAUCUCGUGGCGAAGCAAAACAAAUGCGCAAAAUUCACAUCAGAAAGGUCGCUUACAGAGUUGGAUACAGCUGGAACAAAGGUGGAAGACUCAAGGAGCUGAGAAUAAGGCACCUUGCAAGAAAGUUUCUGAAGAUAUGGAUACAGAACACCUUUGGCCGAGUUCUUCCUCAUGAAGCAAAGUCGCAUUAUAACAGAGUGGUACUGAGAAGAACCUUUGAAGGAUGGAGAGAUGAGUGGUGGUCAUCCAGGAGGGAGUGGAGUCUGAACAUGCGAGCAGACUGUCACUACAGGUAUUACCUGUGCAACUGGACUCUCCACAGCUGGCGAAUGUUUGUGUGUUUGCAGAGGGAAAAGAAGAUGCAACAGCAAAAGGCUCAGUCAUUUGCUGACAAGCAGCGGAUGCGUCUGGUGUUGGACAGAUGGGAGGUUUUCACAGAGAUGAGAAGACUGAAGAGCAGAAUGCUGGAAUCAGCUCUUGAGCACUCAGUGUGGAACUUGUGGCAGACUAGAUUACAGCACCGUCGAGACCUUCACAUUUUGGAGGAUCAAGCACAGAAACAGAGGGCGCUAACCUUAAAGACAAGGGCUUGGCUUCAGUGGAAAGAGAUGCAGACGGCUGCUUCUUGCCAGAAAGAAAAAGAAUCCAGAGCUGCGUUUCAUUAUAUCUCCGGAUUGAAAAGAAGAGCUUUGCAUCAGUGGAUAAGAUAUGUGUCGUAUCGCCACACCAAGAAAGAAACACAAGUUUUGGCUCAGCGUGCCUGCUCUCGCCUCCUGGUGAGGAAGUGUUGGAGUAAAUGGAGAAAUGCUCUCGAUUGCAAACACAGUGAAGAGACCCGUUUGCAAGCAGCAGCCAGUUUGGCCACGCAGAGCAUCCAGUGCAGAGCACUAGUGCGUUGGAGAGCUUAUGUGGCAUUGUGCAGAGAAGAAACUGAAAGAAAGAAUGCAGCAAAUCAACACUACCAACAUCAUUUAAUGCGUGCUGGAUUGCGAGGGUUGUCUCUUAAUGUCGUGUUGAACAAAACAUAUCGACUGAACAACCGUAUGGCUAUCCAACAUUGUCAGCAAACGAUGACUCGUAAGUACUGGAAACUAUGGCAGGAUCGUGUGGAGGAAGCUGAAAACUGCAGUUUUAAACCCCUCAUAGAGAUGGCCCUGAGUAACUACAGCACUUCACUGCUUAGAAGACAUUUUCACCACUGGAGAGAGAAACUUGCUGAGCAGAGAUACAUGCAGGAACUGGAGCGUCGUGCAGACAUUUGGUUUGUAGACCGUAUGCUACCUCGGUGUUUCCAGUCUUGGGUUGAGUUUACCCUCCACAGCAGAAUGCUUCAACAGAGAAGACUCAAAGCUCAAGCUUAUAAUCGGCGGCGCCAGUGCGCCUGGGUGUUUUACACCUGGUGGGGGAAGUCGGAGAAGCUCAAGGAAGAGAUGCUUUCUGAGCGGCUGGCAGUUCUUCAUGACGAGAGAUGCCAGAAGCAGAGAGUCUGGACGCGAUGGAGGCAGCGCACACAAGAGCGGAUCAAAGAGGUGGAGAAACAGGAGGCUUCACGUAGUCUGUAUCGUCGCACACUUCUACACAGGACGAUGAUGCAGUGGAAGGAAAACAGCACUGAGCUACGAGACAGGAGAAACAGAGAGCAGCAGGCCUGCCAUCAGGGUGAUUUGCGCUGCUUAAGAAAGGCUGUAGAAAAAUGGGAAAAGUUUGUUCAGGUCCAGAGAGAAAAGAAAAGCAGGCUGGAAGAGGUUCAGAGUUGGCAUGAAGUUAAACUUCUAAAACACUCCUUUGUGGCCUGGAAGAAACACCACCUGCAGAUGUCUCAGAUCUAUGACAAUGCAGAGGAGCUUCACAAGCAGCACACUCAGUGUUUUCUCAGAGUGGCGCUUACUGAGUGGAGGGAAAAUGCAGAGCAGCGAGCAGAGAUCCGGCUCGAAGAGCAACAAGCACAGAAUCACUUCGAUCACUCCCUUCAGCUUAAGGUGUUUCAUACGUGGAGAGAAGCAACAACACUUGCGGUGUCAAAGCGCUUCCAGCAGAGGGAAGCACUAAGCAGGGCUCAGCAGUCUAUAAAUGAAAUGCGGUUGCUGCAAUUUUUCAGACGAUGGAGGAAUCGGACCAGGGAGGCUCGGAGGGAGAGGAUAAUCAUGGAAAAAGCCAGGAGACACCAUAACUCCAAACUCCUUUCUAAUGCGCUGAAAGCUUGGAAAGAGCAUCACUACCAGCACCAGAAGAAUAAGGUGAUGAAACGACAGGGACUGUUAUUGCUGAGAUUAAAAAUGUACCAGAUGUACUUUGAGCAGUGGAAAACAAAGCUGCAGCACAGACAGACAGCGAGAGGCGAAGCAAACGGAGAGAGCACUCUGGCACUGGUCCCUCACACUUCAGGCCAAGGUGUUGUAUGAGUGGAGGAUUUGGGUCACAGAGCAGCGGAGAAAGCAAGAACAUGCUGCCAGAGCUGCACUGGUCUACAGAGACCAGCUGCUGAGGGAGGGGGUGACAUGCAUCCUCACAUAUGCCGCUCAUAUGAAUGAUCUCACAACAAACCUAACACAACACAGUCAACUGCAAAGAUCACAACACCUCCAGAGAGUUGUUAAACGUUGUGCUGCACGGUGGAAGCAGCGGGCACUGUGCAAACCCCGAAGAGAGCAAGAGACGAGAGGGCAGCCAGCAAAAAAGAGUGUGAGCUUCUGUCUGAGCAGUGUUUCAUCUUCUGACUCAACAAAGCAGGAAGCUGCAGCUGGAUUGCACAGCAAGCUUACCCAGCCACAAUCUGCCGUCACCAACAUUAAAGCAGCUCCAAACUCAUCUGAGUCCAGUCGUCCCACACAGAGAAACCAUCCAGCGUCAAACUGCCCCCAUGCUGAUGAAGUUUUUGUUGCCUCUCCACAUCAGUGCAGUGUCAUGUCAACUGUGCCACCUUCUGAAUCUCUAAUGUCCAACAUGGACUUUUUUCAGCACACCCAAAACCAAGAACCUCUUUUACCUCCUUCUGCUUUCAUGACUACUGGGACACAGAAUAAAUUCAAAUCAAGUCUUGGAGACUCUCCAGUUGAGCGUUUUCCUCAGUCUGUCACUUCUUUAGAUCCCCACUCAUCUGCAUAUCCAGAAACACGUCUGAGUGCAUCUGGUGGAGAAACUGAGGUUCCUGAUGCUAAAAAUGCAACAAGUGAUUCAACGUCAGCUCUGAUGAGCGAGCUUCUCAGGAUUCAACAGGACAUGAAGAGUUUCCAGCUGGACAGAAAGCAGCUCCGGGCAUGGCGAAAGCUGAAAGGG